UUUUACUCGUGAUGGUCAACACAGUUCUGCUGCUGACACGCGUCCAAUUCGCUUCCCAAUCCCAAAGACUUGGAACUCCGCCGCCAUAAGACCAAUUCCUAAUGCUCUGUUUGGUUCUCAGUAAUUUUAGAUUGUUGUACUCGGAUCUGUUUUGCGUUUAGCUUUUGUCCGUUUGGAUCGGAUCAUUCCACGCUCGAAAAUAAUACGGUCAAACGACAAGACUUUUCUUCGUUGACAAACGGCCACUGCAGAAAAUAGAAACAAUUUCAUCCACAGAUGAAUCUUCCCACAAGAAUAGCGGCAGCACAGAGACUGCCUCUUCUCAACGCUCAUGCCCUUCCUUUCCCCUCUCUCCGAGGGGCGCCCAAACUUGGGUUUGUGUUGUAUUCGCACCAGAGUAGGAGAUUGAGAGUGGGGUUUUCGAUUAAAAUGUCUCGGAGUUCGGAGAUAUGCGAUGUGGGUGUCGAAAAUAAGUUGGGGGUGGUUCACCCUGCCAAAGAAGAGUACGCUGAGGAGGCAAUUCAAGCUCUUAAAGCUGGGAAGAUUAUUGUUGUGCCCACGGAUACACUCUACGGAUUCGCUUGUGAUGCUUGUUCUUUGGAAGCAGUUAAUAGGAUUUACGAGAUUAAAGGACGUAAACAUACAAGCCCUCUAGCAAUAUGUGUUGGGGAUGUAUCAGAUAUAAAGCGCUUUGCUGUCACAGACCAUUUACCUCAUGGCCUGCUUGAUUCUCUCCUUCCAGGACCUGUUACUGUCAUUCUAAGGCGAGGAGAGUCAAGUAUUCUUGAGAAGUCUUUGAACCCAGGAUUCGAUAGUAUAGGAGUCCGAGUGCCUGACUGUAACUUCAUCAGGGUUAUUGCUCGUGGUUCAGGAAGUGCGCUGGCCCUUACAAGUGCAAAUCUAAGUGGGCAGCCAAGCAGUGUCUGCAUCAAAGAUUUUGAGAACCUUUGGCAACACUGUGCAUUUGUUUACGACAGUGGUUUGCUUCCAGCUGGUCGAGCAGGCUCAACAAUUGUGGACCUGACCAGGGUGGGAAAGUACAAGAUUCUUAGACCUGGAAGUGCACAGGAAGAGACUGCUGCAAUUCUUGACAGGCAUUCUCUACUAGAAGAAGCAACAGUUACUUGAAGAAUUGAUGAAACGAUAUGCUGCUCACUUGUAUUAUAGGCUUACUGAUUUAUUACAUAGGCAGGAAAGGUUCUGCUUGGGUGUAGGAGAAAUUGUCACUGCUUGUGUCACCAUAAAUCAUUUAACUAUUAGAAUUAUAAUCUUGAACCAUAUUGUGAAAUUGAACUGACCCUUAUCUUUUA